AUUCGGCUGCCCCCCGCCGUGGUCGCUGCGCUGCGCCUCGAGUGCCCGGCGCCCUCAGCUCAUAGCUCGCAGCCCGUAGCUUCCCCUCGCUGGUUCGCGCAGCGGCCGCGAACCCGUCGUUUUCGCCGCCUCCGCGGCUGCCCUGCGUCAUGGAGGUUUCGGCAGCGACCGCGCCGCCGCCCGAGCUGCCGCCGCCGCCGCCCCCGGCGGGGACCGCGCCGCCCGCGGAGCAGCCGGCCCCGGCCGUGCCCGCGGCCGCGGCGCCCGCGGCGCAGCCGAACCUGCAGCUCGACCCCACGCGCUUCCGCAGCGCGACGCUCUCGCGCCAGGCCGACGGCGCGCUCGGCCUCGUCGUGCGCGAGCGCGACGGCGGCGUCUUCGUCGACGGCUUCACGAACGCGGCCGUCGAGGUCGCGGCGCGCGGCGCGGUGCGGCCCGGCGACCGCGUCGUGGCCGUCGACGGCGCGCACGUGGCGGCGGGCGGCCGGCGCCACCUCAAGGAGCUGCUGGCCCGCGCGCGCGACCCCGUCUCGCUCCUGCUCUACCGCGGCGACAUGCCGGCGGCGGCGGCGGCCGCGCCGCCGGCGCCGCCGCUCGCGGGGCCCAUGGGCCCCCUGAACGUGGUCCUCGCGCGGGCGCGCGCCGACGUGGGCGCCCUCUUCGCGGCCUACGGCCGGUCGGCCUUCGCGCGCUGGCAGCUGCAGGUCGCGCUGCACGAGCGCCUGCCGCAGCUCAGCGGCCGGCCGCGGCGCACGCUGCGCCAGGGCGCCGCGCGCGCGACGGACGCGCAGGACCGCGCGUCGCCCGACGCGCGCCAGCGCCUGCUCCUGUCCAUGCUCGCGCGGGGCUUCGACGCGCGCGCGCUCCGCCAGCACGUGCUCUGUCGCGACCCGGCGGCGCACCUCGCGCCCUCGGGCUACGCGCUCUGGGUCGCCGGCGCCCAGGACAGGCUGCGGGAGCUCCACGCGGCGAACGGCGGCCAGCCGUGCGCCGUCGACGUGCACCCGCCCGACGUCAAGCCGCUGCCCGAGGCCUUCGCGCGCGCCGGCUUCGCGCGCGCGCGCUGCGCCGUCGUCGUCGAGCGCACCGACGACGACCAGUACCGGGCGGUGCUCACGCACGUCGAGAUCGCGCACGCGCCGCCCGACGACGCGACGGGGCUGCAGAGCGCGGUCGUGGACUUCCCGCUGCGGCGCCUCAAGCCGUACCUGGAGCUCGUGGGCCUGGGCCUGGCGGACGCCUGCCUGGGGACGGUCGAGAAGCGGCGCCGCGCGCCGGCGCCGGCCGACGACGAGAUGCCCGCGGCCAAGAAAGGAGACCUCGGCUAGGGCCGCACCGCACCCCCGCCUAAAAAUUAUUCGGCAC